AUGACGGCAGCUUCGAUGCGACUACACAUCACUCCUCUCAACCCCGACUUGCUCCCCGCCGUCGUCGGGCCUAAAGUCAUUGACUUGGUCUCGAACGUGUCCUAUCAUACUAUCCAAACUUUCCCCGAAAACAACUACGGCUAUCUAGACCUCCCUAGAAUGGAAGCUGAGAAGGUCAAGAAGAAGGUCAACGGCGCCAUACUGAAGGGCAAGAAGAUCAAGAUUGAAGAAGCUCGGCCGAAGAAGCGCCUGCGUUUGCAAGAUAGCGCCGAGGAAGCACCCAAACAAGCGCCAGCAAAGAAAGUGAAGAAGUCCAAGAAGGAGCGCAAUGUAAUCAAUGGGUACGAGCUGCCUACAGAUCGCAAGGUGAAACGGGGUUGGACAGAGGCAAACCUGUCCAAGGCCAGCAAAAAGAGCAAAACUAGCUCCUCAAAAUCGAAAUACUCAGACAAGGAUGAGUUACUGUUCCGCACCAUUGUGCCUCCAAACAAGAAGGAAAAUGUCGAAAAAGAGAAGAAGCAGAAAACGAAGUCAAAGCAGAAAGAAGGGGAACAUGUGGUCCACGAGUUUAAAAAGUCUACAGCACAGCCCUCCUUCCUCAGGCAGAAUGCUGGUUUAGGGAUUUCGAGCAACUUGGAGUAUAUCGAGGGUCGAGGCUGGGCCGAUUCAGAGGGUCAGAUAAUAGAGCCGGAAGCCGAGCGAGUAUCACGGCAGCGGCGUGCACAGCAAGCGGCGACCACUAUUGCAAAAUCCAAGAUAACCCAGAAAGCGGCUUCAUCAACUUCGUCCAGUUCGGGAUCGGAGGAUGAUUCGCUUACUGAUUACGAUGAGAGCAAAGAACAUGCACAAGCAGACCAUCAGCUCGACGACGAAACAAGCAGUUCUGGCUCAUCGUCCGAGUCAGAUUCUGAUAUCGAAACGUCAGAACAUGUAUCUGAUGGAGAUACCACGGGAGUGUCUAAAGACCAAGCCGAACCUCUUGGUACAGAAGUUCAUCCGCUUGAGGCCCUUUUCAAGAAACCGAGCAAGCCACCCUCCCAAGAUGUUGCGAAGCCAUCAUUGGAGGUCGCAACAUCAUUUUCUUUCUUCCAAUCGGAGGGUGACGAUGACGGGGUUGAUGAAGAUGAGAUGGCUGUGCCUUUGACUCCCUUCAGCUCUCAGGAUGUUCGGACUCGAGGCCUGCGAAGUGCAGCUCCCACCCCGGACUCAGCACAUCCAAGUCGCUUCAACAGCUAUGGAAGUUCCGGCCUCCCAGGUGAUGAGGACGAGGAUGUGGACGAGGUCGAGGCAGACCAACGGGCCGCUACGUAUGAGCAGGAGGAUAGGAGCAAGGGACCUAGCGUCACGCUCUCCCGCAAACAAAGCGAAUUCGAGAAGAAGUUCUGGGAGAAUCGAGGCGACAAUAACCGGUCAUGGAAGACAAGACGACGCACAGUCCUGAAGGAAAAGCGUCAACGCGAAAACAAAGCACGAAGGCCUCGGAACUGGUAG